GGCCCCGGCGGCGCCCCCGCCCGCGCGCGCGCCCGCGCGCCCGCCCACCGCCGCAUGCACACACCCGCGGCGCGGCGCGGCAUCCUCCUCGUCCUCGUCCUCUGGCUCCCUGCGCUCCGCUCCGCUCCGCUCCGCUCCCCCCGCGCCUCCUCCCUUCCUCUUAUUUUAUUUUUUAUUUUGCUACUAUUGUUAUCUUUUUAACCACCCGUCGGCGUGCUCCCGCCGGGGAGAGGGCGGACUGCAGCGCGGGGACGGCUGCCGGGGAAGAUUGCUCACACUGUGGCUGCAGUUUACUUGCAAGAUACCAACCAAACACUAAUAUUUGGAUAGACACUUGGAUAUAAACAGUUCCUCACCCAGGAUGCCUUUCAAAGCUGGAUUAGAACUGACUGAAUUGCAGAAUAUGACUCUCCCUGAAGAUGAUAACAUCAGCAAUGAUUCAAAUGAUUUCACAGAAGUGGAAAAUGGUCAGAUAAAUAGCAAGUUUAUUUCGGAUCGAGAAAGCAGAAGAAGUCUUACAAACAGCCACCUGGAAAAAAAGAAAUGUGAUGAAUACAUUCCAGGAACUACUUCACUGGGAAUGUCUGUCUUUAAUCUCAGCAAUGCUAUUAUGGGCAGUGGAAUUUUAGGCCUCGCCUUUGCAUUGGCCAACACGGGAAUUCUCCUUUUUUUGCUGCUUUUGGUUUCAGUGACGUUGUUGUCUAUUUAUUCAAUAUAUCUCCUGUUGAUGUGUUCAAAGGAAACAGGCUGCAUGGUGUAUGAAAAGCUUGGUGAGCAGGUCUUUGGUACUCCAGGAAAAAUGAUUGUUUUUGGAUCUACGUCUCUUCAGAAUGUUGGAGCAAUGUUGAGCUAUCUCUUCAUAGUCAAAAAUGAGUUGCCUUCUGCCAUAAAGUUUCUAAUGGGAAAAGAAGAAUCUUUUUCGGCAUGGUACGUGGAUGGGCGGAUUCUUGUUGUCACUGUGACGUUUGGUAUAAUCCUCCCUUUAUGUCUCCUUAAGAACUUAGGGUAUCUUGGCUAUACCAGUGGAUUUUCAUUAAGCUGCAUGGUGUUUUUUCUCAUAGUGGUUAUAUACAAGAAGUUUCAAAUUUCCUGUUAUGAACUGGGACUAAAUGCAACAUCACCUAUCCUAUCAAAUAGCUCAGAACAUGAGCAUAUGUGUAAGCCAAAGUAUGUUAUCUUUAAUUCCAAGACUGUGUAUGCUUUGCCCACCAUUGCUUUUGCAUUUGUGUGCCACCCAUCCGUCCUUCCAAUCUACAGCGAACUUAAAGACCGUUCACAGAAAAAAAUGCAGUUGGUUUCAAAUAUCUCAUUUUUUGCCAUGUUUGUGAUGUACUUUAUGACUGCCAUAUUUGGUUAUUUGACUUUCUAUGACAAUGUGCAGUCAGAUCUGCUUCACAAGUACCAGAGUAAAGAUGACAUCCUUAUCCUGACAGUGCGUUUAGCUGUAAUUGUUGCAGUGAUACUCACAGUGCCAGUGCUGUUUUUCACUGUGCGUUCAUCACUAUUUGAGCUGGCUAGAAAAACAAAAUUUGACCUAUGCCGUCAUGUUGUGGUUACUUUUGUUCUUUUGGUUAUCAUCAACCUGUUAGUCAUUUUCAUCCCAACCAUGAAGGAUAUUUUCGGAGUUGUAGGGGUUACUUCUGCCAAUAUGCUGAUUUUCAUUCUUCCUUCAUCACUGUAUUUAAAAAUUACACAUCAGGAUGGAGCAAGAUUGACUCAGAGGAUUUGGGCUUCUCUUUUCUUGGCACUGGGGAUAAUGUUUUCCCUAGUGAGCAUUCCUUUGGUCAUCUAUGAUUGGGUACAAUCAGGAGGCAGUACCGAAGGCCACUGAAGCUAACCUCAUUAUGAAAAGGAGACAUCCCUGUUUGCUACACACCAAAAUCGCAACCAUCCGUUCUGUUAUCUAUUCCAUCUUUUGUGAGUUUACUCAAAUCAAAUCCAAAUAAUGAUUAUCCAGUACUGAAAAUACUGUUAUGGAUGUAUUUUCUUGCAGAAAACAGACCCAUUUUUCCAACAGACAUAUCACUCUGUCCCAUGAUACUGAGUUAUCAGAUCAGCGUUAAGUCUGUGUUAAUCGUCUGUGAGACUACAUAGAGCGUUGUUUAUAGGAAUUCAUCAUAAUUAAUUUGUUUUUCCUCUUCCACCCAUGAAUUGCAUUGUUCCGUUAUUAUUCUUAGCCCUUAAACCAUAAGCUCUGCUCCUUUAGAGCAAGCAGUAUUUGUCAUUAUCAAUCCAAACUGGAGUAAUUGUUCCAAAUGUUGUCAGUUCACACCCUUUCACUUGGCUUUUAACCAAAAUUCUAUUCUUAAAUUGUAUGCAUUUGGUUUGUUUGUUUGUUUUGUUACUGUUUUGUACACCAUUUGCCUCCCUGAGUAAGUGUAGCAUUCUGGAUAUGAAUAUGAAAAGCACCAUGAAGAGCGCAAAUUAGCAAUGUAUAAAUGUAGGUCCUAAAUAUGGUGCUUCUCUUUAAAACAUUGUGAUGGAAUAGCCAGCCAUAUGGCUUGGCUGUUUUGUUGCUUGGGGAACGGACAUGUGUGUGUGUGUGCACGUGCGUGUACGUGCAUAUGUAUGUGGCGUGUGUUUGUGUGUGUGUGUGUUUUUAUGAAGGGGUGCAAGGAGCAGGAGAAGGAAGAUCAUCACCAGCUACCAUUUCCCUGGUACAUUUCAGUUUGAAACUGACCAGAAAUAGACUUGACACAAAGCACUGAGUACUUGAGAGUGAGUAGAAGCAGAUAUUCUGAGAUUUCCAUAGGAAGUCUGCAUUUUCUUCAGCAUUAAACUGUUUCCUCAUGUCCCACUCUUUUCAGGAAAAAAUGGCAAGCUCCAGUUUUUUCAAAACCUGCAAAUUUAAUCAUACUUUAUGCCUUUUACAUUCUGGCAUUCAUUUGUACAUACCCAAGACUGACCUUGUAAAGACCAGUUCCACUUCUAUGUCCUAUCCUUCUCCUAUUGAAGUCAGCAGGAUUUUUGACAGCAGUGGGAGCAGGAUUUGACUCGCUCUGCUAAACUACUGGAUUUCUAAUGGAAAAUGAAAUCUUUAACACUUCUUUAAACAAACGUAAACACUUUUUGUAUUUAAAAUGUUUCAUUUACAUUUCUCAUCCCUUAAUUCUUCAUAACAAAGACAUUAAAUUACUACUAGCAGAAACACUGUAACUUGCAUCUGUGGUCCACAAAAUAAGCAUUUGCCUAAUGCCUUAUAGCUGGUGUAGAGAACUACUUAUAGAGAUUCAAAUGCUAAGCAGGUGAUUGUUAACCAUCUUAAGCAGACUUCUAUUAGUGCACUGCCAGCUGCAUAAAUGUGUUCACUUUGCAUCAUUUACUGUGUGAGUUAAAAAGUGUCUGAGUUUUACUCUUAAAGUAUGAACCAGGCUCCUGUUGAAAGAACUAAUGUCUAAAGAGAGCCCUGGUUCACAUUCAAGGGCUAAGUAAUGCCCUCUCUGUGUUCAAGACGUAUCUGUCAGUAUGCAAUGGCUCUCUCGUUCCCAGUAGCUGAUUCAUUUUCGACUCCCGUUGUAACUAUGGAAGGAGACUGUCAUUAGCAGUGCCGUCUGUGGGUAUUAUAUGUCAUGGCAGCUUGUUCUUUUUAAGGUUAGGGAUGGAGAAUUCAAGAUCUUGGGAUUUUUGUGAGCUACUGAAUUGUCUCAGUUUCCAUUGCAUUAUCCUACAUUUCUUGAAGUCACUGAGAGUUGAGAACACUGAGAGUUGACACCUCUUAGGACCUUUAAAGUUGGUUUCUAGGGGUAACAUCCAGAGAGGUUAGUUUGAGGCCUUAGUUGUAAUUUAGUUAGAAAAGGUUAGUUAGAAAGUCCAUGCUACAAAAAAUAAACCUAUUAAACUUAGGCUUCUAGGUCUCCAUCUCAGUCUAGACUAUAAGGUACUCAGCUCCUGCCGAUACUCUGUGAUCCAGAAAUAGGAGCAGCCUGAUCCAGAUAUGUGCCUAAAACAUGCAUACGUAUAUAGUGACAGUGCUGAAUCCAUCACAGAUGCCUACAGUCCAAGCUCUUUUGAUUCAAAAAAAAGCCAUGGAGAAAGCUACUUUUCAGAAUAAUAACCUAUCUAGGACAGUACUACUCCUGGGAAUAAGAGUGAGUGGUGGGUUUUUUGUCCACCUCAGCCUGCAGCGAGGCAAACUCUCAUUUCAAUAAUAUGUCCUACAAACUAGCCAGUUGGACAAGAGACUAACAAAAUGAGUGAUGGGUACAGGUUUAUGCUUCCUCAUAAGUUUUACCUUGCACAGUUACCGGCUUUAAGAGGAAGAAGAAGAAAAAUGGACCUGUGUCUGUAAGGAAGAUCAAAACUAGAAGUCUCUUCCCUUUUUACAAAAUGACCUUUUGGGCUGCAGAGUCUGGUUCUCUUUAGUCUUUUCUCCUUCUGAUCCAUUAAAUUUCCAUUCCUUGCCGCACAGGGUCCCAACAAGGUCACAAGCGUGACAUCCUUCCCCCAAGGUGAUCUUAGUCUAGCGUUUAACAUGCUAACCACUGGGUUGCAUGGGACCCUGAGCCUGAGGCAGGCUGAGAAUCCAGCAGCUUGUGCUUUCCAGCAGCUGGUAUCACAACCUUGUCAGCAAUGGCGUGGUUCACCGGUUUUCUCUGCACCUUCUCUGUAUGUGACUGAUCCCGGCUUAGGCGGGCCCUUAUUCACAGGAAAGAAGUCCAUACCACAGCCUGAAAAUCCAGGCAUUAGUCAGACUUCAGAGGGAAGAACCUGUGCUUGGCAUCUCCUUUCAGCUAGUUCUGGGCAUCUUCCCAGCUCGGUUGGGUGUAAGUUUGUGGCUACCGUUUCACAGGCACCCAACUCUCCCUGUUAGCUAUGGAAGGAGCCGAGCAUCUAACUCUGUUUUCUGAGUCAGCUUGCUGGGGUCACAUUUUAGGUUUUGAGGUGCCUCUCUGGAUCUCAUCCCCCAAAAACUAACUGAGACCUGAGAAUACUGUGGAAGUUAUCCUCAAAAUGCUCCAGAGCUCUCCUGCUUUCCUUCCCCCUUUAUUUUUCUUCUGCUAUUAAUUUAUGAGCAGUGCAGCUCUGUGCAUCAGGGGGUUGUGAGGUGGGAGAUCCUGGGAGCAACUUUCAAAUACCCAGAUAGGAGCUGUAGGUCUGAUCUGCUGUGCAGGGUCCCAGCAAGGUCACAAGUGUGACAUCCCUCCCCUCCUCCCCACCUCCCCAAAGUAUCCUGUAGUCUAGCAUUUAGAAUACUGAGUUUUUGACAUUGAGUUUUGGCAUUCGGCCUCCUUUGACUUGAAGGGCUGUUGGAUGACUGGUUGCUCCUUGCAUCUUUCCAAAUCUCCUCCAUCACUAUCCCUCUUUCUCCUUCUGCCUUCUCCUUUUUCUCAGUUUAUUUAUAUACUGGAGUCUUCCUGAAUAAACAGGGAGAAGAAUGAGCUGGGUGUGUGCACGGAGUGAAAUGACCCAAGGUACUGCACCAUCAAAGCAUAUCUUAGAUACUGAAAAACAGACACCCAAAAUAUUGAGUCUUUAAAUAGACUUUGUUUCUGGGUCUCUGAAAAAGAGGGAAAUCUGCUUAGACUGAUUUACUGACAUCAUAUUUAUAGAUAUUUAUGGAAAGGAAUCAUGUGUUUAUUGAUGUCUGUGGUAAUGAACGUGAAAUAACGUGCUUUUUGUUUUCUCAUCAGGUUUAUACAUUCUUAACAGAAUGCAAUAGACCCUGCUGUAACUGUCAACAUCAGUGAUGGAUGACAAUAUUUGUAUGAGGUUAUCUGUAAAAUGUACUGUUGUUAUUCAGUUCAUUUGGAAUAGUGAACUUGUAGCCAACGAUGUACGAGUCCCACAUUUUAGCUAGGAUUUUAAGAGCACAGUGAAAUGCUGUAGGAGUUUCUCUGUUGUAAAAAUAAUAGGAUCCAGAGUACCGUAUCUACUUAGUAGGUGGUAGCAUGCUUUCUUCUCAUAGAGAGUUUAUCACUGUUGUGAGCACUGCAGAUUUCAUAGACUGGACGCAAAACUGCUCCUAAUAACUACAACAAAAGACUUUAAAAUUAUUGUUUGCAAAAUAGCAACAAGUAAGCAGUUAGGGACAAGGAAGAUCUAUUUAGAAGCAGGGGCUCCUAGUAAGAUUGUAGGAGUUAAUCCUAUGCUUACAAGCUGCCUCUCCUAGCCCACAGCACAUUGCAAAGAAAAUACUCAUGAGCUUGAACCACUCUUACGGUUGCAGUAUACAGCUGUCCUUCUCUGUCCAGUGAUAAACAUGCCUGAUAAAGAAAAUACAAUACAUUGUUAUUUGGGAAUGAUAGCCAGGGAGUAGUGAUCUCUCUGGGUGAUACUUGCUUCUGGUCAGAGGGCCAAUGCCAAAUCUGUGCACCGGCUCAGACCUUUUGUAGAGCCAAUGUGGAGCCCAAGUGGUGCCCAGCCACAGUGCAGGCCUAGUGCAGAGAGGCCAGUCUUAUCCUGUGAGGUGAAGGAUACCUGUCUACUCCCGAGGGCUGCUUUCCUGAGCUACGUACAAAUCCAUAGCUUGUGCUCCUCUUGGAUGAGUCAAACAUGUAAAUGCAGGCUGGAUAAUGUAUGGAGAUUCUAUGGGUUUUGUCUGUACGUCUGCCUUACAAUACGUAAGCACUAUAGCUAUUUCUGCUAUAGUGCAUUAAUAAUAACUAACAGUAAUAAUUAAUGGUAUCUCUAGCUCAUCUUUAAAUCAAUACAUUUCUUUGCUUGAACCUUACAUUAAGGCUAAAGAGCAUCUUGGUCAAAACAAAACUCUUUCCAUGUGGUGUUGUCCCACCUCCAGUCCUACAGUCCCACCCUCGGUGUCUUUAGGAGAAAGGCACGGCAGAAUGUAUUCAGUUCCAUCAGCAAUUCCAAGAAAUGGCUUUAUCACCUGACACCACGGUGCUCUCUUAAAAAAUUCCCAAGAGCACUUGGCAUCAGGAAAAUCUUUAUUUCCUAUAACCUACACAAAGAAUGUUUUAUUUGUAUCUAAUGUAAGGAUUUCUGUAACAAACUGUGAAAAAGAUAACGAAUUAAUAAAAAGUACAGGGCUGGAAAGGUCUAGAGUUCACAAAUUGUACACAUGCCUAUGUUUCUGAAGACAAAUCUAUGCAGUUGUGUUGUAUUGUAGGAAAUUUCAUUUUUAUGUAUAUAUAUAUAUUGUAAAUAAAUAGGAUGCUGUAUAUUUUUGCAGUUCUUUAUCCCCUAUGAUAUAGAAGUGUUGAAAUAGUCUCUGCAUAUUAAGAAUAAUUUUAAUAGAAAUACAAAUACUUUAGCUUCUGACUUAGCAAAAUGUAUAUCCUUUCCUUUCUCCCAAGAGUUCACAAGUUAAAUUCUAAACCUGAAAUUAUAAUUACAUUGCUAAAUGUAACAAAUAAAAGAAAAAUAAAAGAUCCAAUGAAAUUGCUAGAAUUAAUUCCAAUGCAUGGCACCCUGUUCUCUCAAUAGCAAAUUACCCAGUCUUGCUGCUGGGUAAAAUCUCUCCCUAUGUAAAGGGCCUGUUUAGUACCCAGAUACCUCUUACUUCCUCAGCAGAGUUCACAUGGCAUUAAUGUGCAGAAAAGGCCUUGUGCAGAAACUGGAGCAAACUGCAGCCAGCAAUUUGACCCAGCGCUAUGCCAUGUUGAUAUUUCAGGCAUGUACGCCAAUACUUUCCACAGAAGGCAACUAGUACAAAUAGAAGUCAGACCAGGACUUCUGCGUUUCCAUUUCAGCCACAAGACGUGGCUGUAGUUCAGAAAAAAUACUCUCAGCCCGGGGUGGGCGACAAUCAGAACAAUUCAUGCUGUUUAUAGCCUGCUCCCCGCAGCUCCCUUUCUGCAGAGUCUGGUGGCUGCUCCUCCAUCUCAGACCCAGGCAUGCUGCUAUCUUGUGGCCAAAACCGAGCACCUCCCGCUUGAGAGAGUGCCCCUGGCCAGCUGACAAGGGUCCGCUUGCACCUCCUGUUGUAUAGGGGAGCUUCUAGGCUGUGAUGGGGGUGCCUGUGUCUUGGCCCCAGGAUACAUGCAUGUCCAGGGACGGAGAUGAUGUAAGGUGGACAGUUGUGUAUGUCCUGAGAGUGCCUCCGUGAGAGCCCAGCCUCUGCUGUCAGGUGAAGUGCUGCUGUAGGCGAGUGCUGCAUUGACUGUCUCACUUGUAAGACACGGAAGCGUGAUUUUCAGAACUGAUGAAAAACAGACGUUGAGGAACGCAUCUAAAAGCAAAUGUAUUUUUUCCAUGUUUAUAGUCUUGGAUGAAAGUGAAACUUGAAGGAAUGUUUGUUUUCACCAUGAGCACAAAAUUGAGGAAAAACUUAUACGCAGUCACUUUUACAGAGCUUUUCAAACUAAUACAAAUGUACAUUUUGUUUGCAGUGUUAUAGCCAACAAAAUAUAAACUGUAAAGGUAUUUUUCCACAAGACUUGAACUUUAACUUGUUUAUAUAAAGUUGUUUCUAAGAGUCCCAAGGUAUGUUAAGGCUCACCCAGAUCCAGUAUAAACAAUACUGUUUGAAUGAUGUACACUUGAUAUGAGCUCAUCUCUAGUAGAUUGUUCAAGUGAGUCAUUGUAAUGUUUUGCUUCUGCUAACAUCACCAUACUUUGUGCUGUUCAUAUUCAAAUAAACAAUGCAGUUUUUCAGUUUUUGUGUGUAAAUAAAAAAUGUAUUAAGUUCUAUAAUCUCUCUGUUACCUCUAUAGUUUUUAAACAUUAAAAUUGUGAUCUAAAGUAA